UGCAAUGGAAAGUAUAGAGUGAGCUGGGGAGUAUGCUGCUCUCUUUGACUAGCUUUGGGAUCCUUGGUCUGGUAACUGACUCUGCUAACUGCUGGCUUGUGAAAAGAUUUAUGGGAUGUGGCUGUCAGAGCUGCUCAUAAAAGGACAGUCUUUCCUAAGGUCACUUUGCAAGAAAUGAAGCAAUGAACAUCUUGUUAGUUGGUCUAUCUCUUGGCUCAUCAGUACACAAACUGAAGAUGUUUCUGACUUUGUUCCUCAUUGUUCUUGGAACACAGACUUCUAUAACACAGAAACCUGCCUCUGAGUCUACAGAUGUUGUCCUUUUGAUUGACAGUUCAAAUGCUCUUGGCAAAAAGUCUUUCCCAUCUGUGAAAGCAUUUGUUAACAAAGUAAUCAGCAGUCUUCCAGUUGGCCCAAACAAAUAUCGUAUUGCCCUUGUGCAGUACAGUGACGAUGUGCACAUUGAAUUCCGGCUGGAUGAUUAUAAAGGCAAAACCCCCAUGUUAAACCACCUUAAAAAGAACGUUUCAUACCAGGGUGGGACUUUAAAAACUGGGAACGCCAUACAAAAGGUCCAUGAAGCGUUUUUCAAAGUCCCGAGAAAAGACAGAAACCAAAUUGUGGUGGUCACAACUUCAGGUCUUUCAGAAGACGAUGUGAAGGGACCUGCAAAAAGGUUGCAGGAUGAGGGGAUAAAAAUAAUAGCUUUAGGAAUGCAGGAUGCAUCUGUUCAAGAACUACAAUCAGUGGCUACGCAGCAUUUUUUCUAUAACUUUGCUACACCAAGGGAUCUUGCAACCUUUUCUCAAAAUAUGCCCACAGUUAUUGGAGAAGCUAUACAAAUGGAUAAUGGUGUGGUCAUCUCAACACCUUCUCCACCAAGUGUAACAGAAAAUGCUAGCAAGGUAACCCCUGAAGUUGCAAGGUGUCUACACGAUUCAGUUGCAGACAUUGUAUUUGUGGUGGAUGAAGGCGUUUCACAUGAAGACUCCAACUAUAUUGCAUCAUUCUUGAGUGACACAAUAAACUCUCUUGAUGUGAAAGAAGGGUGUAUACAAACUGGCCUAGUGACAUACAGCACCGAGCCGCAAGUAGUAUCAUUACUAAAGACUGAAACGAACAAAACUGAUAUGCUGCAGAAAAUUCAGAGCUUCUCACCAAGAGCUGGGAAAUCUAACUUGGGCGCUGCCAUUAAUAUUACCAGGAAAAGAAUUUUUGAUGAACGUGCUGGAAGCAGAAAGACCCAAGGAGUUGAACAAAUUGCCACCAUAGUCACCAACAGACCAGCCGAUGACCUCUUAAGUAAUGCUGCUGCUCUCCUUAGGCAGAGUGAUGUGACCCUGUUUGCCAUUGGCAUUGAAGGAGCGAAUGCUACCCAGUUAACGGAGAUAGUAUCACAUUCACCAGAACAAAAUAUUAUAAAACUUGCCAAAUUCUCUGACCUGCCAAAUCAGACCAAGACUUUCCAAAAGAAACUCUUCAACAAAAUACAGCACACACUUUAUGUCCAAUCUGAAAGAAGAUUACAGCUCAAAACAGGAUGUCUGGACACAGAAGAGGCUGAUAUUUAUUUCCUCAUUGAUGGCUCUUCAAGCAUUAGCUGGUCAGAUUUCAAUGAUAUAAAAACUUUUCUGAAAGAAGUGAUUAAAAUGUUUAAUGUUGGACCGAAUCAUGUUCGAUUUGGAGUUGUGCAAUAUUCAAGUGCUUCUCAUGUUAAAUUACACUUUGAACUUGAUUCUGGCACUAAAAGGAACACUUUAGAAAGAGAUAUUAAUAAUAUUAAACAAUUAACUGGAGAUACAUAUACUGGAGAAGCUCUGAAAUUCAUGCAACCUUUGUUUGAAAAGGCAAGGAAACAGCGUGGAAACAAAGUGCCCUGCUAUCUCGUUGUAUUGACAGACGGAGAAGCCCAUGAUAAUGUGAAGGAACCUGCUGAGAUACUGAGAAAUGCAAAGGUGAACCUCUAUGCUAUUGGUGUAAAAGAUGCUAAUAAAACACAAUUGCAGGAGAUUGCAGGCUCAAGAGUUUACUCGGUGCAACAAUUUGACUCACUGAAAGAUAUACAAGCUGAGGUCAUCCAAGAUAUAUGCACUGAAGCAGCCUGUAAGGAAAUGAAAGCUGACAUCAUGUUCCUAGUGGACAGCUCUGGUAGCAUUGGUGAUGAGAAUUUUAACAAAAUGAAGAACUUCAUGAGGGGUCUGGUAAACAAAUCUGACAUCGGCUUAGACCAAGUACGUAUCGGUGUUGUCCAGUUCAGUGGCAGCCCUAAAGAAGAAUUCCCGUUAAACAAGUAUUCAACAAAAGGUGACAUAAUUGAAGCGAUCGGAAGGAUGGAACUCAUUAAAGAGAACACACUCACUGGAAAAGCACUGGAAUUUGUGUCUGAAUAUUUCAAGCCAUCCAAAGGGUCCCGAUCCCCCAUGAACAAAAUUCUUAUCUUGCUCACAGAUGGGGAAGCACAAGAUGAAGUAGGAACUCCAGCCGUAGCCCUGAGAAAGGAUGGUAUCACUAUCUAUUCAGUUGGUGUUUUUAAUGCCAAUAAAUCACAGCUUGUAGAGAUCAGUGGGAAACCUGAGCUGGUGUUUUAUGUGGAGAAUUUUGAUAUUCUGGCGAAGAUAGAAGGCAACAUCAUUUUUGGCAUAUGUAAUCCCUAUGAGGAUCAAAUUCCAGAGUGCAAAAGGAUAGAACGCUUAGAUGUUGUCUUUGUAAUAGAUAGUUCCGGCAGCAUAGGCGACACAAACUAUGGCCUCAUGCAGGACUUCAUGAUUCGCAUGGUCAAUAAAUCUGAUGUUGGCAGUGACCGAGUUCAGUUUGGAGCUCUGAAGUAUUCUGACGAUCCAGUAACACUGUUCUACCUUAAUACCUAUAACACGAAAUCAGCUAUCAUUUCAGCUAUCCGAAGUGACACACUUUUGGGCCACAAUACUUACACAGCUAAGGCUCUUAGACACUCAGAAUCAUUCUUCACUGAGAAACACGGAAGUCGCCACCGCAGGAAUGUUCCUCAAGCACUUGUGGUGAUUACUGAUGGAGAAUCACACGAUGCAGCGGAACUCGAUGAAGUGUCUAAAAGACUCAGAGCCCGUGACAUUGCGAUUUAUGCUGUUGGGAUAAAAGAAGCAAAGACAGAUGAACUUCAGACCAUGGCAGGACCAAACAAAACAUAUCACUAUGUGGACAACUUUGAAGGACUACAAAACAUAUCCACAGAUUUCUCAAACAAGCUAUGCAAUCAGUCAAAGACAGAAUGUGAAGUCCACGCUGAUCUUGUUUUCUUGAUUGAUGGCUCCAGAAGUAUAUGGCCACCUGAUUUUGAGGAAAUGAAAAAAUUCUUGAACAACUUGCUUGAUCAGAUUAGUUAUAACAGCAACAUGCAAGUUGGCAUGGCCCAAUUUAGCAAAAGUUACAGAGAAGAAUUUCCUCUGGGUGGUCACCCUAGCAAAUCAGAGCUGCAAGACAAAAUCUCUAAAGUGUCAAUGAUGCAAGGUGAUGAAACUUGCAUUGGAGGAGCUCUCCAAAAAGUGAAGGCCUUCUUCAGUCCACCAAGACGCAGAGUGGCUAGAGAUAUUCAGCCAAAGCUGCUGGUAAUCACUGAUGGACAAGCAACUGACGAUGUUGCUCAACCUGCUGACAAUCUGAGAAAGGAAGGUGUGGAGAUAUAUGCAAUAGGAGUAGGGAAUGUUAGUGAUAUACAGCUUCAAUCCAUAGCUGGAUCUCCAGAAAGGAAAUACAAAAUUGCUAAUUUCCCUGGGCUGCCUGAUAUCACAAAACGCAUAGCUAAUGAAAUGUGUAAUGGUGGAGUUAAAGCAGCAUGUUUUGUGGACGUCGUUAUGGGAUUUGACAUUUCAUCUCAAAAGCCGGGUGACCGCUUAUUCCAUGGGCAUCCUCAACUGGAAGCCCAGCUUCCUAAGAUUAUAGAAUACCUUACAUCUGUAAGCACUGUGAGUUGCAAUACAGGAACAAAAACACAGUUCAGUGUGGCUAUUUCUAUGGGAAACACGAAUUCAACUUUCUCAUCAGACCUCCAAGUUGAACAUGAAAAAAUCAUGGAAGAACUCAGAAAAAUUACAAUCAACAAUCCAUCUCAUCUCAAUGUCACAUUCUUGGACACACUUUGGAACACAUUUCAAAACAUACCUGAUAAUGAAAAACGAAGCAAGGUGUUACUUAUUUUCUCUGAUGGCUUGGAUGAUGAUGUAGAAGUGCUUCAACAAAAAUCUGAAGAAUUUAGGCAAAAAGGGCUUGAUGGACUGAUAACAGUUACCCUGGAAGGCGCUAGCAACUUUCAUAACCUCCGAUCUAUUGAAUUUGGAAAGGGAGCUGGAUAUAAUAAUCAUUUGACAAUUGGCUUGCAAAAUAUUGCCAAAAGCUUAUUUGAGUAUAUGGCGCAAAUUGCUGAGAGAACAUGCUGUUGUGUUUUUUGUACAUGCAUGAGGGAAGAAGGCCCCCUUGGGCUGAGAGGCAGACCUGGACCAAAGGGGUAUAUUGGUACUAACGGCACUCGGGGAUAUAUAGGAGAUGAUGGAGAGCCAGGUCCCAGUGGGCCUCCUGGACCAGUUGGACAGCAAGGCUAUGUGGGAUGCCAAGGUGAUCAGGGAGAAAAAGGGCGACGAGGAUGGAGUGGAGAAAAGGGAGACAAUGGAAUUGAUGGAAUUUAUGGAAUCAAUGGAGAAGAGGGAGCACCUGGUCUGCCAGGACCAAAAGGAGAAAAAGGAGGCCCUGGCCAGCAGGGCAACCCGGGAUCAAGAGGACUUCCUGGAGAACGUGGUCAGAAAGGCUUCCAAGGAGAUCUUGGUAAUCCUGGAGUGGACAUUAACAUUGUAGGAGCAAUUGGCCCCAAGGGCUUACAAGGGAGCAAGGGUCAAAGAGGACCAAAAGGUUCAGCAGGCAUUGCAGGAUCUGAAGGAAACAAGGGACCUGAGGGACAAAGAGGACUUCCAGGGCCACCGGGAAGGAAAGGAGCACCUGGCCCAGAUGGUUUGCCAGGAGAACACGGAUUUCAAGGCCCACAGGGGGCAGCUGGAAUUCCUGGUGUGAAAGGAGUGAAAGGCAGUGCAGGAAAUAAAGGUCUUCAGGGAAGUUUGGGAGAGGCAGGCCCAAAAGGGGAGCAAGGAAAACCUGGACCCAGAGGGAGGAAAGGAGAAACUGGAGAUCCUGGAGAAAAAGGAGAAACAGGACCCCAUGGUCAGAGGGGAAUGAAGGGGAAUGAGGGAACUGCUGGUUAUGGCAAACCAGGAAGAAAAGGAUCAAAGGGGCAAGAAGGAUCCUCUGGAGACGUUGGAAUUCAGGGUGAAAUUGGAGAGCCUGGUAUUCCUGGGGGGCCUGGGCCGAAGGGGAAUAGAGGUGAAAUGGGCCCUGUGGGAAAACCCGGUACACGAGGUGCCCCAGGAGAACGGGGUUAUCCAGGACGUCUGGGUGCAAAAGGAAUGAAGGGACUGGCCUCAUUUUCGCCCUGUGAACUCAUUGAGUAUGUGCGUGAACACAGCCCUUGCUGGAAAGGAGCGCAGGAGUGUCCAGUAUAUCCCACCGAAUUAGUGUUUGCCUUGGAUGUAUCUCAAGAUACCACUCCUGCAAUAUUUGAACGAAUGAGAGAGAUCAUCAUCACAAUUGUGAACAACACCAAAAUCAGGGGGAGCAAUUGCCCACUGGGAGCAAGAGUAGCCAUUGUGUCCUACAACUCCAACACCCACUAUCUGAUCCACUUCUCAGAUUUCAGGAGCAAGGAACUGUUGCUCCAAGAGCUGAAGACUCUUUCGUACCAAAGAUCCUCAAGUGGACGGGACAUGGGUGGAUCGAUGAGAUUUGUGGCCAGGAAUGUUUUUAAGCGAACUCUCCAAGGUGCUAAUGUGAGAAAAGUUGCUGUGUUCUUCAGCAAUGGUCAGUCUGCUAAUACAGUUUCAAUCAACACAGCAGUCCUGGAAUUCAGUGCAUUAGACAUCCUUCCAGUGGUCAUUGCUUUUAAAAACAUCCCCGAGGUCAACCGUGCUUUUCAGAUGGAUGACUCAAGACUGUUUCAGGUUAUUAAUAUUCAUCAGGAGAGAGAUUUUACACCAGCUUUACAAAGAUUCCACCAGUGCAUACUUUGCUACGACAAAUGCAGGUUGAAUGAAUCUUGCCUACGUGACAAAACCUCCUCACCUCCAACUUACAUGGAUGCUGCUUUCAUUUUGGAAAGUGCAAGGAACGUAAGCCCUCUUGAAUUUGCAAAACUGAAGGACUUCCUAAGUUUAUCCCUUGACAACUUUGACAUUUCUGCUCGACCAGAGAGCACUUUGAUAGGCGACAGAGUGGCUGUGGUGAGCCAUGCACCACCAGAUUUCAGGCCUCAAACACAGAAGAGCCCAAUUAAGACUGAGUUUGAUUUAGUGACCUAUGAUAAUAAAGAGCGGAUGAAGAGGCAUAUCCAAGAAUCUGUCCAGCAGCUGAAUGGAGCAACUGCUGUUGGCCAUGCCAUACAGUGGACCAUCACUAAUAUCUUUGCAGAAGCACCCAGCCAGAGGAAACACAAAGCUAUCUUUGUGAUAUCUGCGGGGGAAACAAGUCGAUGGGACAAGGAAGUGUUGAAAGAUGCGGCCCUGAGAGCCAAGUGCCAAGGCUAUGCUUUGUUUGUGCUCUCGUUAGGGCAUGAAUAUGAUGAUGUAGAACUCAGGGAACUGGCAAGCAGACCAGUGGAGCAUCAUCUGGUACAGCUUGGGAGAUGUCACAAGGCUGAACUUGGAUAUGCAGUGAAGUUUCUGAAGCCAUUUCUGCAUCUUAUCCGGAAUAAAAUCAACAGCUAUCCACCAACACAGCUCAGGAAAAGAUGUUCAGACAUCAGCACCCAGAAGCCAGUAUAUGUUCCACUACUGUCCAGAGACAGCUCUCCAGUGGAUGAGACUGUGUCAAGAAGAGCUAAGGGUCUAGAGACUGAAUCUGCAGUUCUGGAGUAUUUGCCGGGCGAUUCAGUAAACUCUGAACAUUUCAUCAGCAAUGCACAGCAGAUUAUUGAACUUGGAAAUUAGAAAAAUGUUUGAAAUUGGAAUUUGACUGAAGAAAUAAAUCUCCGCAGAGACUUGUCAAGAAGAACUGUGCUCUUCUUUAAAAUCCUUAUUGUUGCCAUACCCCUGAAGCUCUCAUUGGUUCCAUUUGCUUAGGAACCAGGAAUCAAACAUCUCUGUGCUGGAAAAAGGGAAGACUUUUUAUAAAACUUGGACAUACUAGAGAGGCUUUUGGAAGGUGUAGCAUACUAGUUCAUGCUGAAGAAUGAAGUAUGCCUUGAAGCAAGAGAGUUGUUCUUGGACAGUUGGGAUGAAGCCCAGCAGCUGGUUGGACCGAUGCCCUUUAAACCUUACAGGAGAGCCAUGGGGAAGAGUGUUUGUAUGAGUUCAUCCCACAGGACUCAUUUGAUGCUGAAAGGCUCAUAACUACAUAUGUGUGUUGCCUACAGAUUAAAAUUUGAGUCCAGGAGCACGUAAAGACCAACAUUUUUUUCCUGGUUAUAAGCUUUUGUGAGUCAAAGCUCACUUUGUCAGACACCUGUGCUACUGGCCUCAAAUUUUGUUCUACUACUGCAGACUAACUCUGCUACCCACCUGAAUCUUUCCUACAGAUUGAGCAGAUACUCAUGGAACUGACGCUGCAGCAUGGAAGAUGCACAGGAGCAGCCCGCAUAAAUGCAGGGCCUGAUGUGCCUUGGGAUAAGCCCCAGAACAGCACCUCACCUGGUGCUCUUAAGGGAUACUGUGCAAGGCACAGGAUUCAAGCCAUCCUAUGGGUGGUGCAUUGGAAACUCUGCAAAUCCUUAUACUGGUGGCUCUUUUCACAUGGAAGUAUGGUUUGUGCAGCUCAUGAAGCUGUGUGGGAGGGCUUGUACUGCACAGCUGCAAUUCCCUUGCAGGAUCCUCUGUUCUGCAUGGUAUGCACAAACAAGCCCAUCAACAUACUAGAAAUGAAAUUUUCAGCCAUGCUCUAAUAAGGGAUAUACAAUAAUGUCAUUAAUAGCUUUUCUGAGUAAAUAUAGACGGUGCUACAUAACCAAAAGUAGUUUAAUACAAUACCUCAAUUAGGCUCUGAAAUUGCUAGCGUAUUCAGGGCUGUUGAAUUUGCUGCACAGAAUAGGAUUCUGUGUGACAGACCUCUUCUAUAGGUUAGUAGCUUUGAUGCCAUUAUUGAUGUCUGCACAGUCCUGUCUCGUGUUGAAAUUUUUUUAUUUUUCCAUUUUUUAAAAAUAUUCUUAGCAGUUGUGCUUUAAUGCUCUUCCAGAGUGCUGGAACACUGAACUAGCAAAUUAAAUAGUCAAAUGCACAAGCGUUCAGUCUGAUAAGGGAUAAAUGAUAACGAUGUUAAUAGCUUGGCUGAGUAAUUUUAGAAAGUGCAACAUGACCCAAAGUAGUUUAAUGCACUAUAGUAAAUAGGCUCAGAAAAAGAUUUUGUUAUCUAACAUGCGCUGGAGAGACCGAGCUAUGCAGAAUCCUCUCCAUAUCUGCAGCUGCCAUUUUGUGUGAAGAGGGUAUUGAGGAUUUUCCAGCUUUGGGGAGCAUAACCAGAAGCCAUAUUUUUAGGGUUUGUGUUUCUGUCUACCAAAGCUAGAAAACAUACUGGUCUUUUCUUUUUACAAAAUUUUGACCAUGUAUGGAGGAAUGUAGGUCAUACACCCAUUAUGUGAGGUUGGAGAGCUAAAAUCAUAAUGACUGAACAAGGCUAAGGACUGACAGUGGACAACAGCACCCAGAUUGCACCUUUUUGGACUUCAGACUACUAAGUCAUUCUGAACCAAGACAGCAUAGCAUACUACCAAGAUGGCUUAUUAGCACCAGUCUCUGACAAUUUCCUUAUCUGAAUUGGGUAACCCAAGCUGGCUAAAUUAGUUCUCCAAUUUGUAGUUCAGAUGUAGGGGGAGGGAACACAUUCACUAUCUUAGACACUUGAAAAAUCCAAACCCUCCACCUGUAGAGGUCUCUGAGUCCUGUUCAACCCAUGCAGGGUCUCAGUAUCAUUUCUCUGGGACAGGUUCAACUCUCCCCCACCCCCACCCCACAUUUACACAACACGCAUAGUCUUUUAAGGAAAGCAUCUAUUUCUGCAAUGACAUGCAUUUUCACCUGUGCACACAGUCUCAGUUUAGUUUACUCAGUUAAACUCAGUUGCUCAGAUACACUUCUGGCCAUUAUGGUUAUGGAAAAUCUGUACACCAACUUGUGUUAUAUAGAUGAGCAUACUUAUUUUCUUCAGUGUGUUUUCAAAACAGGAAUAAAACAACUUGAAUACA